AUGCCCCCGCUAUUCAUGGAGACCAGAUCCGACCCCGACAGCCCCUUCUCGGUGUCAGCGGAGGAACGCCAAAGCAACACUCCUGACUCGGACAAAGGAGGAGAGGUGCAGCAGACAGGAGAAAGAGGAGGAAAAAGAAGAGAGAAGAACAGAGAUGCUGCGCGGAGGAGCAGGAAGAAACAGACCGAGAGGGCUGACGAGCUGCACGAGGAGCUCCAGCGUCUGGAGCGGUCCAACACGGCCCUGGAGAAGGAGAUCGCUGCGUUGAAGAAAGACCUCAAGCUCUACACCAAAGUCCUGGAGCGUCAUGAGCCUGUCUGCCGCCUGCGAGGCUCUGCUUCCAGCCCGGCCGCCUGCCUGCUGGCUUCCAGCACCCCUAGCAUUCCUCCGCAGACCUCAUCCUCUGUCCAAGAUACAAACUUUUUACCCUCCCUGGGCUCCGCGAAUCAACUGUUAGCCUCCACCUCCCCACCUGUCCCAAUUGAGACAACACCCACCACCAUUCCAAUGUGCUCAAGCACCAAUACUGUGCCUCCUCUGACCUCAUACUCCAGUUUUGCUGCUCCACUCCCACUCUCCACCUUCUUGACUUCUGAUCCAGGUCUUCACACCCUCCCCUGUCCACCAGAUUUUCACGUCUCAACCUCAAUUCCUGCUCUAACAACAAACACCUCAAGCAUGUGUAGCAGUUCAUCUACUGACCUCUUCGCCUCCUCUAGCCCAUCCAUCGACCCCACAUCCAGUAUCCCAAAUUCUUCAUCUCCUCUGGUGUUUCCUGGCCUUUCUUCAGCCACUAUAAUGCCCCCAAAGGGAGACAGCGGUGGUCUAGAAGCACAGGCUUGCCCUGAGAAUGCACCACAGCGUCACCCAGGCCAAUUCACUGGUACUUUGCACCUUUCAAAUCCACAAUGUUCCCUUUCACAAUUUCCCUUUCAAGAUUCUGCCUUCCCAGUUUGCCCUCAGACAAAUCUAGAUCUUCCGCCGGCUCCUGCCCUUUCCUCAACCCCUACUUUUAGUCAAGAAAAUGCUGCUAAUCCGACCCCCCUGCGACCCCUCGUCACCGUCCCCAGUCCUCUUGAUGCCCCUCAGACUACCUCGAGCGUCUCAACCAUCCCUAAUCCUGGUCUUAGCUUCAACUCAUUACCCAUUUCUCAGCCUGGGUCCUCCCUGUUUACUGAUCCUUCAAGAAACAUCUCCCUUUAUGAUUUUCUCGAGUGUGAUGAGUGGAUACCAGGCAAUGCAACAUGCAGGUGGGACAUGUGA